AUGAACCGAAUAAGUGAGAAUGAAGCCCAAUUGCUUGCAGACUGCAAUGAUGAACAAGAUACCCUCCAAACCAGUGAAGGUAUUAAUCAAGGUGAAUCGAGAUCAAGCCAAACAUUGAGAAUGGAACAUGACCAGUCAUACACAAGGGAGACAACUGGUAACUUGUCUGAACCAGUCGAGAAAUGCGAACAAAAGAUUUUAGGAGUUAAAUGGAACUAUCAAGAGGACUGUUUUGUGUUUGAUUUGGGACCAAUUGCUCAGGCAGCAAAGGAAUGCGAACCAACGAAGAGGAAUAUAAUCAGUAUCGCAUCGAAAUUCUAUGAUCCUCUUGGAUUUAUCUCACCCAUCAUUGUGCAAAUGAAGCUAUUAUUGAAUGGGAUGCACCCAUGAAUUGAAUGGGAUGCACCCAUAACCGAGAAACUGAAAUCGAAGUGGUUAAAACUUGUUGGUGAUUUGCAAGAAACGAAACCAAUGACACUGCCUAGAUGCUAUUUUGUGCACAUUAAGGAGAAGGUAUUAGCUCGCCAACUUCACGGGUUCUGCGAUGCCUCAAUUUCAGCUUAUGCAGCUGUGGUGUACCUUGUAGUUACGACCACAACGCGGAGAUAUGCAACAUUUGUCACAGCGAAGACAAGAGUAGCACCGAGUCAGAAACAAACGAUCCCAAGAUUAGAACUCUUAUCUGCAGUUAUCCUUGGACGACUUAUGAAGAAUACCUAUGAAGCACUCAAAUCUGUUCUAGAACUGGAUGAAAAUGUUGUAUGUUGGACAGAUUCGUUGGUCAGCUUAUAUUGGAUAAGAGGCGAAACGAAAGAAUGGAAACAGUUUGUCCAGCUGAGAGUUAAUGAAAUUCGAAGUCUUAUCUGUUCAUCAUCAUGGCGACACUGCCCCGGCGUAGAUAAUCCAGCAGACAUCCCAACUCGAAGCAUUUUAAAGUGUUUAGAGCUCGGACAGUGUGAAGUCUGGCGAAAUGGACCCCAUGGCUGUCAGAAGAAUUGCAACCUAACGACAAAUUGAUAGACGAGCCUUCACCUUCGAAAGAAUGUUUACGAGAGCUGAAGAAGAAGCCACACCAUUCACCAACUGCGCUGGUAGCCGAAGCGACAGGUCAAGGUAUAAAGGAAUUAAUGAACAUUGCAACAUUCUCGAAUUACCAUCGGCUUCUAAGAGUUACGGUGUAUGUACUAAGAUUUGUUCGAAAAUUGAAGGCCAACGUGAAGAGAAGAGCUGAUAAAUCCCGAGAAAGGUUGAAGAAUUCUUGGCUUGAAGAGAUAAACGAAGCUGAAACGCUCUGGCUAAAGGAAAUGCAAACAUCACUUCCCGAACAUUUGAAGUAUCAAGAUUGGAGACGGCAGUUUGGAAUAUUUGUCGACGAGAAGGGGGUAACUAGAUGCGGUGGAAGAUUGGAAAAUGCCAAUAUUAACAAGUCAGCGAAGCAUCCUAUCUUGCUCGAUCCACGACAUCAGCUAACACGUCUUAUCGUAAGAUAUUGCCAUGAAAGAGUGAAGCACUGCGGAACGAAGGCAACCUUGACUGAAUUACGGUCGCGGUUUUGGAUAGUUAGAGGCCGACAGUACAUACGAAGCGUCAUCUAUCAAUGCGUCGUCUGCCGAAAACAAGAAGGAGAACCCUACCGUGCGCCAUCACCUCCUCCAUUGCCAGAGUGUCGUGUGAAAGACAACUUUCCGUUCGCUAACACCGGCGUAGAUUUCGCUGGACCGUUAUAUGUAAAGAAUCCUGAUUCGAAGAUACGGAUCUCAUUGUACACAUGUUGAGUAACUCGAGCGGUACACCUCGACCUGGUGCUUGAUAUGUCAACCGAAGCCUUUCUAAGAAACUUUCAGAGAUUUUGCGCUAGAACAGGAGUACCAUCACUGGUUAUAUCAGACAAUGGAAAAACCUUCAAAUCGGCUUCGCGAAAACUUAUGUCUCUAUUUGAAUGCCCAAGAAUAAUUAAACAUUUCACCUCAUCAAAGAUCAAGUGGUCAUUUAUCCUCCAAAAGGCCCCUUGGUGGGGUGGAUUCUAUGGAAGAAUGAUCAAAUCAGUGAAAAGAUGUCUACGUAAAACACUAGGGAACGCGAGACUUACGUAUGAAGAACUCCUUACGGAACUUGUCGAGAUAGAAGCCAUUCUGAAUUCGAGACCACUAACAUAUACAUCAACAGAAGAUUGCGAAGAACCCGUUACACCAUCACAUCUCAUGCAUGGUCGAAGACUUCUUUCCUUGCCAACGCAAGACGAAGUGAAAGACAAAGAUUGGGAACUAACGUCAAAGGAUAUUGCAAAACGAGAAAGGCACUUGGCUUCUCUACUAGAUCAUUUCUGGAGAAGAUGGAAAACCGAGUAUUUAUUGGAAUCGAGAGAAGCGCAUAGAGAGAGGAAAUCGGUACAAUCGAGUAAAGAAUUGAUAAAGAUAAAUGAUAUCGUAAUCGUGCAUGACGAAAACCGUUCUCGAAGUCUUUGGCGACUUGGCAGAGUGAUGCACUUAGUUCGUGGUAAUGAUGGUAAGGUUCGUGGAGCUAAAGUGAAAGUCGCUGAGAGAGGUAAGAAACCAACAACGCUUCGGCGUCCUAUACAAAAGCUGUACUCAAUUGAAAUAGGUAAUCAAGACAUAACCCAACAGAAAGUAGGCAGGGGCUCAACAACAAUCCAACCUCAGAAAGAAGAGUCUAUAACUCAGAGACCUCGACGCGCAGCAGCAAUCAAGGCUACAGAGAAACGAAGAGAAUUGAUACGAAACGAACAGUUAUAA